UCAGACUGACUUAAGUAGACUUCCUGCAAAAAAAACCAACCUGCGUCUAAUGAACACCUGACUGAACUCGGACUGAAGACUUCUCCAGAAAGAAGUUGACAGGAAAACGUUUGAAGAUCAGGUGGAACUUGCUUUGUUUAAGGUCAGAUUUCCUCAAGACUGAAGAGCAGUGAGCAGCGGGACACUUGAUAGCUUCAAAGAUGCAGAUGCAGAUGGAGAAAAGCGUCUUCAACCAAAGAAAAGCAGCAGUGGCACUUUGUCUCGUGCUGCUAAUGCUGGCUCAGCAGGUGUGUGCAGGUCCGUUGGCCUCUCCGGGUCAGUCCAGUCCUGAUCACAGUCCAGAUUCACAGGGCGAACAGACCAUCCGGACUCUGAGGAGGAUAGCUCGGAUGAGCCCGUUGUGGAGGAUCAUGAACAGUAAACCGUUCGGAGCUUACUGCCAGAACAACUACGAAUGCUCCACAGGACUCUGCAGGGCGGGACGCUGCUCCACCGGCCACCGCUCCCUCUCAGAGCCCGUCAACUACUAGACCCGGACAUCAGGACACAACCAGUGUGUUUACAGGAGUGUACAGCCAUAAGCCUUAAGGGGGGGGUCUGAUUAGUAGGGGCCUUUUUUAAAAUGUUUGUAUUUAUAUGUGCUAAAAUGUUGCUGAUGUCUAAAUAUUCAUAUGAAUUUACAUAGUAGGUCCAAGAAAAGGCGUGUUAGGGGGGUAAUCACUGCCCCACCUGAUAGAGUUCAAAAGGCAAGAAAAAGGGGAGGUAUCACUAGAAUAUAGAAGAUAAUAGGAGGUUGGUUAAGGCAACGGGUAAAGUGCAAAAGUGUAAAAGGGGAGUCAUUUAGUCUUGCAUACUUGAUAUUUUCUAGGUUUGGAUCUGCAGGUUUUUUUCGUAAAUCGUAAAUGCUUAAAAUUUUCCAGUGCUGUUGAUCAAAAACCUUCCAGUCAUUGUAGGAGAGCUCCGAGUUUGUGAUUCAAGGUAAAAAAAACAGACAAGAAAAGGAAAAGAAACAUUUUUAAUCUUGCAGCAGACUGCAGCCUUGAACUUAAACCCACAUAAGGUAUCAUUGAGUCUAAAGUCUGCAUUGCUUGAUCAUGUUUUAUAGACGACACCCCGUUGUUUCGCUAAAGUCGUAUGACACUUUUUACAAGAUGUAUUCCUAAAAAUUUAGCAACUUUUGUGGAUAAAGCUGCAGAUAUUAUACCAUUAGAUUCUUGAGACUUGUUAUCUGUUGGUUAUUUUUGUCACAGAUAACGAUGGAGCACAACAGGGAAGAGUUUGUGUCUCCUAAAGAGCUCCUGACCUUCGCAUUUUUCUUGAAUUCGUCAUCACUGUCUCGUGUCAUUCGUGAUAAGCUAUCAUUUGACUGUUAGCUCAGUAAGUCUAAUCAUUCCACUGAUAAUGGAAACACAUAGGCUUCCCCUUUACAUGUGUGUUUAAUGUGCCGCUGUGACGUAGGAUAGAUACAGUGAUGUUAAUUGUCGUGUCUUUUUCCAAUUCUGGCAACAAUUAUAGCACUAGAUUUGUUAUCUUAAACCCAAAAGUGUGACUAAGAGCUUGAGAAAUGGGGACAAAAGGGUUCAAAGAGGGGGGAAAAGUCAGUUGGGGUUUUGAAACUGAGAAAUAGAUGGGGAAAAAAUGAAAGGAGCAAAGGUUACAAAAUAUUGAUGCAAUGCUCGAGUCCCCCCCAAACAUUUUCAUAUCUUCAUGUUGUGUUUUUUUUAUUUU